GGUUGGAUCGUUUGGUGCUGGCGCUGGAGCUCAGCACGGCAGAGGCCAGUCCCAGGUCUCCAGGCAUCAGGGUUACAGCCCGAGUCUCAAGGCGGGCGGCGGGGGACAGUGGGCGGCCAGACAGGAAAUCUUGGUGGCUGAGCACAUUUGUGACCCAGGAAGUGGCAACUAAGUGCUUGGGAUGCUGACUCAAGGCUGCUGUGUGCUGUGAGCCCUGGUGGUCCUGGGUGGUGGGCAGCAGGGAGAACUGCCCAACGCUGAGUUGACCAGAUGAUUCACGUCCCUGAGGAUCUGAAGCAGGUCCUGAGCAGCCCCUUGCACCAUGGACCCUGACCCCCAGGCAGGUGUGCAGGUGGGCAUGCGAGUGGUGCGUGGCGUGGACUGGAAGUGGGGCCAGCAGGAUGGCGGCGAGGGCGGCGUGGGCACCGUGGUGGAGCUCGGGCGCCAUGGCAGCCCCUCCACCCCAGACCGCACAGUUGUCGUGCAGUGGGACCAGGGCACUCGCACCAACUACCGCGCCGGCUACCAGGGUGCCCACGACCUGCUGCUCUAUGACAAUGCGCAGAUUGGCGUCCGCCACCCCAACAUCAUCUGCGACUGCUGUAAGAAGCAUGGGCUGCGGGGCAUGCGCUGGAAGUGCCGCAUUUGCUUCGACUACGACCUCUGCACCCAGUGCUACAUGCACAACAAGCACGACCUCACCCACGCCUUUGAGCGCUACGAGACAGCCCACUCACGCCCUGUUACCCUGAGUCCCCGCCAGGGUCUCCUUAGGAUCCCACUAAGGGGCAUCUUCCAGGGUGCAAAGGUGGUGCGAGGCCCCGACUGGGAGUGGGGCUCACAGGAUGGAGGGGAAGGCAAGCCAGGUCGUGUGGUGGACAUCCGUGGCUGGGAUGUGGAGACAGGCCGGAGUGUGGCCAGUGUGACAUGGGCAGAUGGGACGACCAAUGUGUACCGCGUGGGCCACAAGGGCAAGGUGGACCUCAAGUGUAUAGGCGAGGCAGCUGGCGGCUUCUACUACAAGGAGCACCUCCCCAGGCUGGGCAAGCCAGCAGAGCUGCAACGCAGGGUGAGUGCCGACGGCCAGCCCUUCCAGCGUGGGGACAAGGUCAAGUGUCUGUUGGACAUAGACGUCCUGAGGGACAUGGAGGAAGGCCAUGGCGGCUGGAACCCCAGGAUGGCAGAGUUUAUCGGACAGACGGGCACCGUGCACCGCAUCACCGACCGUGGGGACGUGCGUGUGCAGUUCAACCACGAGACCCGCUGGACGUUCCACCCCGGGGCUCUCACCAAGCACAACUCCUUCUGGGUGGGCGAUGUGGUUCGUGUCAUCGAUGACCUGGACACUGUGAAGCGACUGCAGGCUGGGCAUGGCGAGUGGACAGAUGACAUGGCCCCUGUGAGUCCCCUUGCCCGUGUUGUGACCUCCCCUGCUAAGACUUCCUGUGACCCUACAUUUCUCCCUCAGGCCCUGGGCCGCAUUGGGAAAGUGGUAAAGGUAUUUGGAGAUGGGAACCUGCGUGUGGCAGUCGGUGGGCAGCGGUGGACCUUCAGUCCUUCCUGCCUGGUGGCUUACCGACCAGAGGAGGACACCAAUCUGGACGUGGCUGAGCGUGCCCGGGAGAACAAAAGUUCACUGAGUGUGGCCCUGGACAAGCUGCGGGCUCAGAAGAGUGAUCCAGAGCACCCAGGGAGGCUGGUGGUGGAGGCAGCGCUGGGCAAUGUGGCCCGGGCUCUUGACCUGCUGCGGAGGCACCCAGAACAGGUGGACACCAAGAACCAGGGCAGGACUGCCCUGCAGGUGGCUUCGUACCUGGGCCAGGUGGAGCUCGUGCGACUGCUGCUGCAGGCAAGGGCAGGCGUGGACCUGCUGGAUGAUGAGGGCCACACUGCACUGCACUAUGCAGCCCUGGGGAACCAGCCUGAGGCUGCCCGGAUGCUCCUGAGUGCAGGGUGUGGGGCAGAUGCCCUCAAUGGUGCCCGGAGCACAGCGCUGCACUUGGCUGUGCAGAGGGGCUUCCUGGAGGUGGUGAGGAUCCUAUGUGAGCGCGGCUGUGAUGUCAACCUUCCUGAUGCCCAUGCCAAUACGCCUCUGCACUCUGCCAUCUCCGCGGGGGCCGGCGCCAAUGGCAUCGUGGAGGUCCUCACCGAGGUUCCGGGCAUCAACGUUGCUGCUGCUGACAGCCAGGGCUUCACACUCUUGCACCAUGCGUCCCUCAAGGGCCACGCGCUAGCCGUCAGGAGGAUUCUGGCACGGGCCCGGCAAUUGGUGGACGCCAAGAAGGAGGACGGCUUUACCGCGCUGCAUCUGGCUGCCCUCAACAACCACCGUGAGGUGGCUCAGAUCCUCAUCCAAGAAGGCCGCUGUGAUGUGAACGUGCGCAACCGGAAGCUCCAGUCCCCAUUGCACCUGGCCGUGCAGCAGGCCCAUGUGGGGCUGGUGCCCCUGCUGGUGGAUGCUGGUUGCAGUGUUGACACCGAGGAUGAGGAGGGGGACACGGCCCUGCAUGUGGCGCUGCAGCGCCAUCAGCUGCUCCCCCUGGUGGCUGACAGGGCUGGGGGGGACCCAGGGCCCUUGCAGCUGCUGUCCAGGCUACAGGCCUCAGGCCUCCCAGGCAGCUCGGAGCUGACGGUGGGUGCUGCGGUGGCAUGCUUUCUGGCACUGGAGGGUGCUGAUGUGACCUAUUCCAACCAUCGUGGCCGAAGCCCUCUGGACCUGGCCACAGAGAGCCGUGUGCUCAAAGCUCUGCAGGGCUGCGCCCAGCGCUUCCGGGAGCGACAGGCAGGCGGCGGCGGGAGCGCGGUCCCGGGCCCCAGGCACGUGCUCAGCACUCCCAACACGGUGACGAACCUGCACGUGGCUGCCACUUCGGGGCCCGAGGCUGCUGAGUGCCUGGUGUGCUCGGAGCUGGCGCUGCUAGUUCUGUUCUCGCCGUGCCAGCACCGCACUGUGUGCGAAGAGUGCGCGCGCCGGAUGAAGAAGUGCAUCAGGUGCCAGGUGGUCAUCAACAAGAAGCUGCGUCCAGACGGCUCCGAGGUGGCAAGUGCUACCCCGGCGCCUGGUCCGCCGCGGCAGCUGGUGGAGGAGCUUCAGAGUCGCUACCGGCAGAUGGAGGAGCGCAUCACCUGCCCGAUCUGCAUCGACAGCCACAUCCGCCUUGUGUUCCAGUGUGGCCAUGGCGCGUGCGCACCCUGCGGCGCCGCGCUCAGCGCCUGUCCCAUCUGCCGCCAGCCCAUCCGCGACCGCAUCCAGAUCUUCGUGUGAACCGCGGCCCUCUGGAGCUGCCUCGCAUCCCUGUGUUUUAUAAAAAGAUUCUCGGACUUUG